AUGACGGUUACCGAGCUCGUAACCCAAGCCACAUCAUCUUCCCCUCCUCAUUCACCUUUCUCGAUCACGGAUAUGCGAAGACAUAAGCGAACGAUGCAAAAGCCGGUUAUACGGGUUCAGCUCUACACGGCGGUCUGUCGUAUCCACAGGAUUCCGUCUCUAGUGCUUUCCCCAGGCUUCCGCUUGACCGUCCUUCGCCAUCUCCACAUCUCGGCGUGA